GACUCUCGAAUGGAGGAGCCCAGUAGCUCAAAUCUCGCGAUGGCUCCUCCUACCGGUCCUCUCGCCUCGCUCCCUUCGCGACCCGGUAGUCGAUAGAAGACCACGUUGAGAGCCAUCGAGACACCGUAGAACUAUACUAGCUUCCGGGACUCAUCCAAACGGCUGCGACUCUUCUCAGACGCCCACAGGCACGAGUGACUACUAUUUAAAAUGGUUGUGAAGAAGAAGAAGAAAGAAAUGCAAGUUACUGCAUUGAGCAUUUCUCAUCAGGACCUUGAAACUUUGAGAUCUUUGGCUGAUGUAGAAGGGAAAAAUCUAGCUUCUUUGCUGUUACAUUGUGUGCAACUCACCGAUGGAGUGUCACAAAUCCGUUAUGUUAAACAGAUUGUGCCUUUACUGGAGGAGGCAGAUAAAAAUGGCACGUGUGAUCCCACCAUUAGAAGUUGCUUGGAUAUUUUAGCAGGCAUUUACUUUUCACUGAGUCUAAAGAAUCCCCUGAAGAAAGUCUUGGCAAGCUCACUAAAUUGCCUACAUGAAUUUUUUCUAACUGAGGCCAUACAAAGUUUUACUUCUCGUCUUCAGGAAGAAUUGAAUACUACUGAUGUAUACUCUUAUAGGAGAGUAAUUGACAAUAUAUCUUCAUGUAUGGAGAACUUUAACUUGGGUAUAACAAGUGUCAAUAAUCUUCUUGAAAAUGUGCUUCAUUUUCUACAGAAGAGUUUAAUUGAAAUCUCAGAAGAAAAUAGAAAAUUUGCUGGAAAUCAUAUUGUUCAAACGCAGUUGAUGAAUGACUUAUUGGUAGGCAUUAGAGUUUCGGUAAUGUUAGUACAGAAAACACAAGGCCUCCAGAGAAUUCAUUUGAAGAUCUCCAGUUCUCCUGCAUGGCAGAGUAUGUGUGAAUUGCUGAGUAUUUUUACCAAGUUUUUAAACGAUGAUGACCUUUUACGGACAAUUCAGAGUACAUCGGGAUUAGCUGCUGUUCUUUUUAUUAAGGCUAUGUUUCAUCCACCUGAAAAGGUUCCUGAUUUGAUUAGUAGCUUGCUUCUCCGUUCAGUGGACUGCACGAGCAUCCCCGAGUGGUUUUUGAACUCCUGCAGGAGCCUUUGUUGUGCUGAUGUAUCCGAGUCAGCUCUCUUAUUCCUGUGUCAGGGGACACUCACCAUGUUGGACUGGCAGAACGGGACAAUGGGCCCGCGUGGGGAGGCCCUGCUCUUGGAUACUGUGCAUGUUUUGUUCACCUUGAGUUCACAGAUCAAGGAAUCAGUUCUGGAAAUGUUUCUGUCUAGAAUUUUGGCAUCUUGGACUAACUCAGCCAUAUAUGUUCUUGAGUCAAGUUCCCCAAGCCUAAAGGACAGCCUGAAUGGGAAUUCAAGCAUAGUUAAGAGACUUUUGGAAUAUGUUUAUACCCACUGGGAACAUCCAUUGGAUGCUUUGAGACACCAAACCAAAAUCAUAUUCAGAAAUAUUCUGCAAAUGCACCAGCUCACUGUCAAAGAGUCAGAGUUGGACAAGUCAGAUUUCGCUGCUGAUCGUUUCAUUUUUGAACUGACUGAGAGCCUUCUGCGACUGGAGUGGCAUAUUAAAGGGAAGUACAUAUGCCUUGGUUGUUUAGUAGACUGCACAGGAGUUGAAAGAAUUUUGGCAUUAGCCAAAAAUAUUCCAUCGCAAAUCUUAGAGGUGAUGGGGGACCAGUCCCUGGUACCUUAUGCAAGUGACCUCUUAGAAACCAUGUUUAAAAAUCAUAAAAGUCAUUUGAAAUCUCAGACUGUCGACAGUACUUGGAUUGAUGAGUGGCAUGAGACUUGGGUUUCUCCUCUCCUUUACAUACUGUGUGAAGGAAAUCUGGAUCAAAAAUCUUAUGUGAUUGAUUAUUACUUGCCAAAAUUAUUGAAUUGCAAUCCUGAAAGCUUAAGCUACAUGGUAAAGAUUCUUCAGAAUUCUGCUGAUGCUAAAACUGGGUCUUAUCACAGUAGAGGGGCCCUGGGAGCUUUGAUGGCAUGUCUGCGAACAGCUAGAGCUCAUGGACAUCUUCAGUCUGCAACUGAUACCUGGAGGAAUCUUGUGUCCAGUGCAAAAAUAAAGCAAGGCUUAAUUCAUCAGCACUGCCAAGUGCGGAUAGAUACAUUAGGCUUGCUUUGCGAAACUAAUCGAAGCACAGAAAUCGUUUCCACAGAAGAAAUGCAGUGGAUUCAAUUCUUUAUCACAUACAAUCUUAAUAGUCAAUAUCCAGGAGUGCGGCAACAGAUUUGUUCUCUUCUUAAAAAGUUGUUUUGUAGGAUACAGGAAAGCUCUCAGGUACUUUAUAAACUGGAACAAAAUAAAUCCAAACACGAACCAGAGAAUGAGUUAACCCAACAGCACCCUUCUGUUUCUUUACAGCAAUAUAAGAAUUUCAUGUCAUCCAUUUGCAACAGUCUUCUUGAAGCAUUGUUUCCUGGCUCUUCCUACCCAACUAGGUUUUCAGCUUUAACCAUUUUAGGCUCAAUAGCUGAAGUUUUUCCUGUCCCAGAAGGUCAAGUCCAAACAGUGUAUCAGCUGAGUCAUGAUAUUGAUGUUCGCCAUUUCCAAACACUAAUAGAAUGUUUAACCAGCACUUUUGAAACAGUGAAAAGCUUAGCAUUUGAUCUUCUGAUGAAGUUACCAAAAACAGUUGUACAGUUUCAGGAUUCAGAGAAACUGCAAGGCCUAUUCCAGGCAGCACUGGCGCUCAGCACCAGCACCAAACCCUAUGACUGUGUAACAGCUUCCUACCUGCUGAACUUCUUGAUCUGUCAGAAUGCUCUGCCGUCAUCUCUGUCCACCUACUUAAAAACCCGGCCGGUUGCAUGUGGAAAUGGAGAUAAGUCUGCUGCUGUGGUGGAAAGUAACACAUUAAUGGUUAUCAAAUGCUUGUUGGAAAAUCUUGAGGAAGAAAUAUCUCAGGCUGAACAUUCUCUGCUCCAGGCAGCAGCAUCGUUUCCAAUGUAUGGGCGAGUUCACUGCAUAACAAGGGCUUUGCAGAAGUUACCUCUGCACAGCCUGCAGUUGGUGAGUGAGUGGAGACCUGUGGUGGAGAAGCUCCUUGCGAUGUCCUACAGGCUGUCUGCCGUGGUGUCCCCGGUCAUUCAGAGCUCUUCCCCAGAAGGCCUCAUCCCAAUGGACACUGAUUCAGAGUCAGCAAGCCGCUUACAGAUGAUUCUGAAUGAGAUUCAGCCACGAGAUACUAAUGAUUACUUCAAUCAAGCCAAAAUAUUGAAAGAACGUGAUAGCUUUGAUUUGGAGGACUUGAAUGCCAGUAUACCAAAUAUUGAUACUUCUGCAGAAAUCAAAGGUAAAGAAGGAAAAACAUGUGAUGUAACCGCUCAGAUGGUGCUAGUAUGCUGUUGGAGAAGUAUGAAGGAAGUUUCCCUUCUUCUAGGCACCCUGUGCCAACUCCUCCCCAUGCGGUCUGUCCCGGAACCUCCUGGUGCGCUAUUGACGGAGGGGCAGGUUAAAGAAAUGGGAGAUCACUUUAAACAACACCUUUUACAGUCCAGGCACAGAGGGGCAUUUGAACUGGCAUACACUGGCUUUGUGAAACUCACCGAAAUACUGAACAGAUGCCCUAAUGUGAGUCUGCAAAAGCUACCAGAACAGUGGUUAUGGAAUGUUUUAGAGGAAAUUAAAUGCAGUGAUCCUUCAUCUAAACUCUGUGCUACGAGGCGCAGUGCCGGAAUUCCUUUCUACAUACAGGCACUGUUGGCAUCUGAACCUAAGAAAGGCAAAAUGGAUUUGUUGAAAACAACAAUGAAAGAGUUAAUUUCUCUGGCUUUGCCUACUGAUGACUCACUGAGUACUGUCCCCCAGGUUCAUGCUUUAAAUAUCCUUAGAGCCUUGUUCAGAGAUACACGUCUGGGAGAAAAUAUUAUUCCUUAUGUUGCUGAUGGAGCUAAGGCUGCAAUUCUGGGCUUUACAUCACCGGUCUGGGCAGUGAGAAAUUCAUCCACACUUCUCUUCAGUACCUUGAUCACAAGAAUAUUUGGAGUUAAAAGGGGAAAGGAUGAACUUUUCAAAAAAAAUACAAUGACGGGGAGUGAGUUUUUCUCUCGUUUCCCAGAACUCUAUCCUUUUCUUCUCAAACAGUUAGAAGCUGUAGCCAAUACUGUGGACAGUGAUAUAGGAGAACUAAACCGUCAUCCGAGCAUGUUUCUCUUACUUCUGGUGUUGGGGAGACUCUACCCUUCCCCGAUGGAUGGCACCUAUUCUGCUCUCAGCAUGGCGCCUUUCAUUCCCUUCAUUAUGAGAUGCGGUAACUCACCUGUCUACCGCUCCCGUGAAAUGGCGGCUCGUGCCUUGGUCCCGUUUGUUAUGAUAGAUGAAAUCCCUGACACCAUCCAAACUCUGUUGGGCAAACUCCCCAACUGCACUGACCAGUGUUUCCGGCAAAACCAUAUUCAUGGGACCCUUCUCCAGGUUUUUCAUCUGUUACAAGCCUUCUCAGACUCCAGAUACAGAAUGAAUGCAUACUUUCAGCAGGAGCUGGCUGACGUUGCUGUUUGUACCAAAGCCAAACUCUGGCUGGCCAAGAGGCAAAAUCCAUGUUUGGUGACCAGAGCUGUGUAUAUUGAUAUUCUCUUCCUGUUGACUCACUGCCUUGACAAACCCACAAAAGGCAACCAGCCAGUUCCAGAGCAUCUUGGCUUGUGGGAGGAAGUCAGAAAGAUCAUCUCAGGAUCCGAGCUAAUAACAGGAUUCCCCUACACCUUCACGGUGCCGGGCCUUCCCCAGUACCUCCAGAGCCUCACCAAACUGGCCAUCGCUGCGGUGUGGGCAGUGGCGGUCCAGGCUGGAGAGCAGACGGGGGGUGUUCCCAUCUCCUUCUCUCAGCUGCUGGAGUCUUCCUUCCCCGAAGUGCGCCUGCUGACACUGGAAGCCCUCUUGGAAAGGUUUUCAGCAGCAGCCUCUGGAUUAGGAGAGAAGGAACUGCCACCCUUGCUGUGGAAUAUGGGAGGGACGUUCUUAAUGUUGGCUGUGAAGGAAAAGCACACAGAAUGCUUCUGCAAGAUACUGAAAAUUCUCCAUUGCAUGGACCCCAGUGAGUGGCUUCCCCAGACAGAAUGCUGUACCCGUCUAACCCCCGAGGAGUUCUUGAACUGGACAAUGGAAAUUGCUUCCAAUGAAAGGUCUGAAAUUCAAAGUGUAGCUCUGAGACUUGCCUCCAAAGUGAUUGCCCACCACAUGCAGAUGAGUGACGAGACCAGGGACUUGGUAGCUCCCAAACUGCAGCAGUGGGUUCACUUGGUCAUCUCAUCUUGUGGAGACCAUCUUCCCACGGAGUCCAGGCUGGCAGCUGCUGAAGUCCUCACCAGCACCGCACCACUGUUCCUCACCAACCCCCAUCCCCUUCUUGGGCUGCAGGACACACUUGCCCUCUGGAGGUGCGUCCUUACCCUCCUGCAGAGUGAAGAGCAAGCUGUCAGAGAUGCAGCAACGGAAACGGUAACGACCGCCAUGUCACAGGAAAACACCUGCCAGUCAACAGAGUUUGCCUUCUGCCAGGUGGAUGCCUCCAUUGCCCUGGAUCUGGCCCUGGCGGUGCUGUGCGACCUGCUCCAGCAGUGGGACCAGCUGGCGCCCGGGCUCCCCGUGCUGCUGGGGUGGCUGUUGGAAGAGGGUGGCGAUGACCUCCCAGGCUGCGUGGAGAGCGAGCAUCAGGUGGAAGAAGACUACCUGUUUGAAAAAGCAGAGGUGAACUUUUGGGCCGAGACCCUGGUCUUCAUAAAAUACCUCUACAACAACCUCUGUCGUCUUCUCUCCAAGUCCAGUCCGCAUCCCCUCAGCCCUGAGAGGCUCUGUCAUCUUCAAAGGACAGCGUCAGAGCAGCGCCACCUCCUUUGCCAGCUCUUCAAAGAGCUGCCACCAACUGCUGAGUUUUUGAAGACUGUGGAGUUCACGAGACUGCGCAUUCAGGAGGAGAAGACUUUGGCGUGCCUGAGGCUGCUAGCCUUUCUGGAAAGCAAAGAAGGGAAAGAUACCCUAGUUCUCAGUGCUUUGGACUCUCCAGCAGAAGCAAAUGAGUGAACUCUUCCAGGAACAGAAAUGGCUUGUUGAAUAAAGAAGACUUUGGGGGUUGUGGGUGAGGGUGGAUUAGUCUCCACUAAAUCUGCAGGAAAUGUGUUGAACAUAAAUUCAACUAUUUUUUUCCCUUCAUACCUCCCUGACUUCGGUGGGUCUAGUCUUCUUACAGAGGAGUUUUUCUUCAGUUCGCUCAUUCAAGGUAGCCUGGUUUAUUGCAGCUACUGUAGGAAGUGAGGCUACCACAUUGAGUAUUUACUCUGUUUCCAGGUGCAGGCCACCUGCGGGCCUGAAUUAGCCUUUUCGUCCGUCCCCCAGGACCUCUAAUGUCCAGCCAUAGCCAGCCUGCAUUUUCUAUGAAUUGACUACACAGAAUUGGGUUUUGGCACAUGAUUUCCAACCUCCCCCACUUCCCCAUACACACACACUUAUUUUAUUUUGGGGGGAGGAUUUUUUUUUUUUUUUUUUUUUUUUUUGGCGGCUCGAUGUAGGAGCUGGGUUUGUUGGCAAACAGCCCAUUUGGUCAGAAUUCCAAAUUUUCUUCCAUUUUAGCUAAAGCAGAAAUAUGUUCCAAAUGUUGGAUCCUGAGAGUGUUAAGGAUAAACUUCGCACAAAUAGUUUUGUUUUUAUUGCCUGCAUGUGUGAGUCCUGAGUGACCUACAUAUGCCAUCUGAAUUAUUAAAAGAGCCAUUGAGAUCUCCUGUCCCCCAAGGAAAUGUUUGUGCUAAUGCUAGGUUACCCGAUUCUGCUGCCCAUGAGAGCAUAGACCCUUGGCUGAUAGAAGGAACCUGGGGAUAGGACAGCCAGGGUGAAUGAUGUCCUUUUUGAUGCCUACACUGUUUCCUAUCCUUUUCUUAGUGGCAAUAACAAGAAGUUUCUCACUUAGAAUGCCAGGAAACACAUUUAUACAUUUCAAUAAUUGAAUCUAGAAACCUUAAAGUGUUUUCUGCCUUCCUGAGCCCAGCUCUCUUCCUCGGACACCCAGCAGAUGUCACUGUUGCAUACAUUUUGCUGCUGGUCCUGUUUUUUGGUUUUUUUGUUUUUUUCAUUGAGUUACCACUUCUAAAUUGUAAUUUUAGAGUAACCCACAGACAGUUAUCUUGAAAUUCAUAGUUUGGAUGGAUCAUAGCCUCUUCCACAUUCAUUUUUUUGAAGAUUUUAUGUACUUAUUUUUAGAGAGAGAGAAAAGGAGGGAGGUGGAGAGGGAGAAAAACAUCAAUGUGUGAGAGAAACAUCAGUGAGCUGCCUGUGACAUGCCCCUGACCUGGGACCUGGCCUGCAACCCAGGCAUGUGCCCCAACUGGGAAUCCAAACGGCGACCUUUCGGUUUGCAGGACGACACCCAACCCACUGAGCCACAUCAGUCAGGGCCACAUUAAAUUGUCAUCCUAGUUAUCUGAAUAAGCCGUUUCAGCAAUAGUAUGUAAACUUGGUGCAGCUUUUAGGAUCUGUGAAUAUUUUUAAAUGCUGAGGUAAGUAGUGACUUAGAAUUAUAAUAUUGGUGUUUGAGGGUCUGAAGGGGCAGGUUACAGGAGAGGCUGGUAUGAUCAUUUCUUACUUUAGAAAGUUAGAUAUCAUUUGUCUCUCUUUGAAAGAAAAACGCAGCCAUAAUGGAAGAGGCCUGGAGAAAAGUUAACUUUGUGUCCCAAGUUUUGUCCUAAAGAGAACAGGAAAUUCCCUGGGUGGCUUUGCACCAUUCAGGUCAA